AUGGAGAGCGAUGCCAAAAAGUUUCCUAUGACAAGUAAUGCAGAGGAAAAGGACUUUCAGGUUGGGACCAUUACAGACCUUGAUGAGGGUGAAGUUUUCCUUCACGAACAUGGGUUCACUCACGAAGCUGUCCAGGCCCUUUUGGAUGAUGUUCCACGCAACAAAGCCCUAGUCCGAAAGGUAGACCUUGUGCUCCUCCCCCUUCUUGCGGGUACCUAUAUGCUCCAAUAUAUCGACAAGUCGGCCUUGGCAUACUCUGCAGUGUUUGACCUAUUGACAUCGACCCACAUGUCAAGUAACGAGUACAGCUGGCUUGCUAGCAUCUUUUAUUUUGCUUAUCUCGUUGCGGAGUAUCCUUGGAAUAUGCUUGCCCAAAAAACGAGGCUGGCGACGGUGGUCUCGGGCAACGUGAUCGCCUGGGGCUCGAUGCUCAUGAUCACCGCCGCGUGUCACAGUUUCACUGGAAUUGCCAUUUGCCGGUUCCUACUCGGCAUUUUUGAGGCCCCGAUUACACCCUGUUUUAUGAUGAUUGUGACUAUGUGGUACACCCGUGAUCAGCAGCCAUUCCGUGCCGGUGUAUUCUAUAGUUGCAACGGAUUGGGCGCUAUGGUUGGCGGCAUCUUGACCUAUGGGAUUGGUCAGAUUGAGACAAUCGCGGUUUGGCGAGCGAUCUUCCUCAUCUUGGGUGGAAUAACCGUUGCCUGGGGCGCCGUGAUGUUCUUGUUUCUUCCCAACGAUAUCAUCUCCGCAAAGCGAUUUUCGUUGGAAGAAAAGGCUCUUCUCAUCGGCCGUAGUCGACUGGGCCGAACUGGUGUGAUGAACCAUCAGAUCAAAUGGUAUCAGGUUCGGGAGGCGCUCGUCGAUCCUCAAGUCUGGAUUUUGUUCUUUUUCACUCUGUUUAAUGAGACAAUCAACGGGGGCAUCGCAAACUUCAGCAAGCUUAUCAUCAAAGGCUUGACUCACGAUGCUCUUACCACCGUUGCACUGGGCAUUCCCCAGGGCGCCUUCCAAAUCUUCUGGAUUCUGUCUGGCACAUUCCUUGCAUCUCGCGUGCGCAACUUCCGCACCAUUGUGAUGGUCAUGUACCUCGUCCCUACAAUCAUUGGUGUUUGCCUUCUUUGGAAGCUGCCUCAUGAGACGCACAAAGUUGGGGUCUUAUUUGGUUACUACUUAAGCGGCGCAUAUGUCUGUUCGUUGGUUUUGGCACUCCAAAUGCCGGCUACCAAUCUAGGUGGGUAUACGAAGAGAAGCACAGGUGUUGCUUUGGUGUUCUUUGCAUACUGUGCUGGAAAUGUGAUUGGGCCUCAUGCCUUUUUGUCCAAGGAGGCGCCCAUCUAUGAAACUGGGUGCAAGGUUAUGCUGUCUUGUGCAGCAGCUCAAGUUGCCUUGGCAAUCUGCCUGCGAGUGCUCUUGACGAGGAGGAACAAGCAGAGUGAUGCAGCAGCAGCCAGUAACCAGGCUGUCGCAGACAUGUCAGAGUAUGAUGAAUUGGCGGAUUUGACCGACUUUGAGAACCCGAACUUCCGAUACGUACUUUAA